UUUACUCCAAUGGUUGUUGUUUUUUACUCAUAUGGUUGCUGUUUUUACUCCAAUAGUUGUUGUUUUUUACUCAUAUGCUUGUUGUUUUUACUCGUAUGCUUUCUAAUUCACUCCAAUGAUAUCAUCUUUGAUCCUAGGUACAAGAUGGGUUACAUAGAGUGGGCCUUUGGAGAACUAUAUGGAGAAGGAAGUACGAGGUUUAGGACUGAGAUCAAAAUCGGGGAGAAAGAGUUGGCGGCCUUGUAUGACAAAUGUGUUGCUCAAGAUAAGCGAGCUGGAAAUGGAGAAAGUUCAUCUUCCUCUGCAAACAUUCCUAGUAUCCUGGUUCAAGCUGGGUACGAGUCCUUCUUAUCGUCCCGUUCAACAAGAAUAUCAAAGAGUGAGUUGAGGAACUACUUAGAGGAUGAGGUUGCCCCUCGCAACAAGGCUCUCGAUCUUCUUGGUUGGUGGAAAGACAAUGCUCCUAGGUACCCAAUUAUGGCCAAGAUAGCCAGGAGGUUCCUUACUAUCCCGACUACCUCCGUGUCUUCGGAAUCUACCUUCAGCACGACCGGAAGGAUUUUAGAUGGCUAUAGGAGUUCGUUAAAACCGGUUAUGGUGGAGGCAUUAGUUUGUGGUGCAAGUUAUAUCAAGGGUGCUCACGUUGACUUGAAUCUGGUGCCGAGGGAUGAGAAUGAAGACGAUGAUGUUGAGACCAUCAAGUUACCCAUUGUGGUGGAGGAGAUCAACGAUUGACGUUCAUCAUGUGGAUGUUGAUCUUGCUAUUUUGGAGAUGAAUGUCAAAGUGAUCUUUCUCAUGUGAAGGCUACUUUUGCAUUUCUGUUAUGUUGGAACCUUUCAAAUCAUGAACUAUGAAUUGUCACUGCUAGCUUGGAGAUGAACCUCUCAUUUGUGUUAUGUUCAACUUGUCAAUUGACAUGGACUUGGAAUUGUCAUUGCAAGUUUGUAAUCGUGUCGUUCAAUGAUGGUAAGACCUUAUGUUUGUGGAUGUGAUAUUUGUGCU